AUGGAAACAUUGCGUAUUGCAUCUCUAAAUACCGCUUAUUUUAGUGACGAUCCCAAAACCACGUGUGAGCGCUAUACGCAGCGCUUACAUGAGUACAAUGAUAUCAAAGAUGUCGGGCAGGGGUUGAUGGGGCUGCUUGCUGAUGCGAGGGGCGUGAGGCAGGUUGAGGUGGAGAGGGAGUUUGGAGUUUCGGAGGAGGAUUAA